AUGUCUGGGCAUCAAUUGCGCGCGGCCAAAGAGGCUUGGACAUCCCCUCAAAAGGUUACGAACAAUCGCGACAACGCGAAGUUCUUAAAAAUCUAUAAAUCAGCAGUAAAGGCUGCGGUACGCAGCGACCUUGAGAUACCAAAAGACUCAAGUCAGCCCAAGGAGUUCUCCAGAAGGAGAUAUAUGAGAGUGGAAAGAUCAGGCAGCCAGGAGAAGGAGAUUGCCUCGUGGUUCAGCUGUCAGCGGGACCUGAAAGAUGAGUCCAGCGGUUUUUGGAAAGUCCGUUUGGAUGUAUUCGCCAUCACCGAUGUCGAAGGAAGGGCUACCGCGAAUAUGGAGGUCUUCCUCACCGUGAGGUGGACCAAGAUCCUAAAAACGAAGAUGAGGUCGACAAACUUCUACGCCUACGACCAGACUCAGGAUGCCAUCAACGAGGUUAGGGAGCCAAAAGGCUACUCAUUGCUUGGCUUGGUCUCCGAGCACAUCAAGAAGUGCGACGAAGACCUCUUCUGUCCCUUCCCCACCGAGUGGAAGUGGAGCAAGGACCUCGUUGGUGGCAGUGGAUCACCAACUCCCAGCCAGGAACCGACUCGGAGCCAAGCACCAUCUCGGAAGAGACCCGCAACGGCCGAUGAUCAGGCCAGUCACAAAAGGCGGAAGACGAUGUCGAAGCAAGCAUGCGACGACCCCGAUUCGUCCGGUGACGACUCGGAAUAUGGCGAUCCGACGUUGAAGGUAGAAGCUUUCGACAACGACACAUCCACUACCACCACUACCACCACCAACAGUGCAUCCGGGGGCACCCCAAGACCCUCGUCAUCAAGCAGAAACCAUAAGGGCCCUGGGCGUACUGGUGCGGUACCCGGAAAUAUGGAUGGAGCUCACGGCGAACGGGCGAAUGCCAGAGACAGCUUCAUUCGCCAACUUCUGGCCGAACAGGAGGCUUGGAAGGCCGAGAAGAAGGGCUGGGAGAAGAAAGCGCAAGAUUGGAAGGCGGAAAAAGAGAGUCUGGAGGCUCAGAAAAGGGACGUGGAGAACGAAAAAGAACAUUUGGAAGAGAAGAACGCACGUCUCGAGGAGAAGUGCGUGCGUCUGGAAGAGAAAGGCGUGAAUCUUGAAGAAAAGAACGCACGCUUAAAGGAAGAGAACGAGCGUCUGGUGGAGGAGGAUGAGCGUUCGAAGACCAUCCACAGAGCUCUGACGAACGAGCUUAUGGCCACGAACAAAAAACUCCAUGAGGCCAAAGAAAGGAAGAACUCUUUAAGAGGCGAGACCCACGACGAAGCUCAGGCCGAAAAGCUGGCCUCAUGGUUCACCUGUCACAGCGCUUCGCUGGAUAUAACACAUUCCAACUGGAAAGUGCGCGUCGAUGUCUUCAUCAUAAAAGACCACAACGGAAGGCAUAGGAAAGAGAUCUUCCUCAUUGUAAGAUGCCCUUUCCCAAACAAAGCCUAUCAUUGGUCCCUCGACUAUUUUACAUGGGAUCCAACACUCGGAACCAUUGACGACGUUGCUCAGAAUGGAUCCGAAUUGGUUGAGUUGGUCUCGAACGACGUCGAAAGUUUUGGUGGCCAGCUAAUUGAUGCAUACUCCAAGAACGGGAGAAAACUAUUUGACAGCAAUGGGCCGCCCUCAUUGAGCCAAGCGCCACGGAGCAACGCGAAGAAGAUGUUCGACCGAGCCGAUAGAAAGAGAAGAAGGAUCAUCGAAGAGGAAUCUUCCGAAGACUCUGAGAUGCAUGACUAUUCUGGAGACGAUUCAGAAUAUGGGAACUCUGACCUGAAGCCAGAAAACCUCAUGGAAACUCCGGAACCUUUAUUCUCAGACGAUAUCCACCAAGACCAUGAACAGGCUUAUGCAGUACCAAGGGAUGCUGAUCAAGCUUUCCGAGAGCUGAAAGAAGCAAGGCAGAAGAUUAGGAUGUUGGAAGCCGAGAAGGACACUAUGGAGACAGAGCAGAAGAGUUUGAAGACCGUAAAUGAGAUGCUGUCAGGAAACAUUAGGGAGCUGGAAAAGAGACUUUAUGAAGCUGACAGCAAAAGAUGCACUCACUAG